AUGACGACUAAUAUUGUUGAAUCUCUCAAUGCAAAAAUACAAGUUGCCAAGGAUCUUCCAGUCACAACAUUGCUAGAAUUUUUGGCAAGGUCAACAUUCACGGCACUAUCAAAAAGAGGAGAAGAUAUAUUGAAUGAUAACUACAUUCAGUCUCUGAGAUUGGUGGUUUCAAAUUCAACAGACACCUUAAAAUCAGUGAUUGAUCAAACAACAACUUUUAUAGUCGACCUCAAGGAGAAAACGUGCACAUGUAGAAAAUUACUAUUGGAUGGAAUACCAUGCCCUCAUGCAAUGGCAAUAUUUAAGGAAAUGAACCAAGAACCUUACAAGUUUUGUUCUCGAUAUUAUAAGAAAGAAACAUUGUUGACGACUUAUGAAGCAACAGUAUAUCCAAUAGAAGAUCAGAAAAUGUGGACUAUACCAGAAGAAGUGACAAAAAUGAUUGUGGCAACACCAAUUGGAAGAACAAAGUCUGGAAGGCCUAAGAAGAGAAGGUUUAAAUCUAGAUGA